AUGAGAUGGAGGAAUAUUUUUGAGAUUCAGCUCCCGAUUCGAAGUUAUGUAUAUAAAAAUGGCUUCUGGUGGUCGACAGAGACGGUUUGCUCAUUUUUUGGUAUAAUGUUUGCUUCAAUGGUUCGGGAGAGCCUUGCCUCGAUGGCGUGGAUAAUCAAUUAUAAUAAGCAGCUUCUCUGCGAAGCGAUGGCUACGAUCGAAGUGCUUCGUUAUAUCCCAUCGGACAGACAAUUGCUGGCAGCCUCUUCCCGAACGAUGACGGUUAUAAACCUGGACGAAUUUAGGGUGACUAGGGCUGCCUUUCUCCCGGAAGUAUGCCCGCUGACGGUACUACCAGACCCAUACUAUGAGCCUUGGGAGUAUACCGCGAGCCGCCUGCCCCAAUUGCUUGAGUGUGGUAGCUUAAGAAGCACCGUCGAAGCACUCCCAGUUCUCUGUACAGAGCCCUACGUAGUCCUGGCAUAUAUGGCCCAUGCCUACAUCUGGGGAGGCGAUGAGCCCAAGGAGGUUCUUCCUCCGCAAAUAUGUGGGCCAUUCUUGCGUGUGUGUGCCCAAGUUGAAAUACCUCCCGUGCUGACCUGUGCUGCCGCGAAUCUCUGGAAUUUCUCCUGCUCGGGGAAUGAUUUCUCCAGGUUGGAUGAUCUCCAGGCACUCAUAUCGUUUGCUGGAACCGAGACAGAAUCAUGGUUCCUUACCGGCGGCGUUGCCAUCGAAGCAACGGGUGCAAAGGUCGUACAACCUUUGCAAAAAGCACUGCAGGCCGUAGAGACCCGGGAUUAUAUGGUCAUUAUUAGAGGCCUGGAGGCAUUGAAGCUAUGCAUCGAUGAUAUGACAGCUUUGCUGAUGAGGAUGUACGAGAGAUGCGAUCCCAUGACCUUCUGUCAUCGAAUUCGGCCAUUCUACGCUGGCAGCAAAAACAUGGCAACCGCCGGCUUGCCAAGAGGUGUCUUCUAUGAUGUAGGGGAUGGCAAAGGUGAAUGGAAAAAGUUCCAAGGCGGAAGCAACGGCCAGAGUUCUCUCAUUCAGUUCUUCGACUUGGUGCUAGGUAUCGAGCAUAACGACCCGGCCAAGCCCAAGCGGGAAAUUUUCCAUAUGGAGGCGCGGGAUUGCAUGCCUGGCCCACAUCGACGGUUUCUUCAACAUGUCAGUAAGACGGGUAGUAUACGGGAACUGGCACUCUCGGGCGUACCAGCUUCAGAUGAGCAGCGUCGUCUCAAAGCCGCAUAUUUGGCUGCAACGGAUGCUCUGAGCAACUUCCGCACCAAGCAUAUCCAGAUUGUCACCAGACUCAUUACUCUACCGUCUAAGAAGGCACCUAAGGGUCUAAAAGGGGUCGGGACUGCGAGAACGGCGAUUCUGCCUUUCUUAAAGCAGGCUAGAGAUACAACAGCGGCGGCCGGGCAAUGCCAAUGA